AUGGAGCAGCUCACGCAGUUCGUGUCUCAAUCGUUCCAAGGGUCCGAGACCAAGGUGGAGGCGGCCCGCACACCGCCCAGCAGCCCCCGCAGCCUCCGCAGCAGCCCUGCCAGCAGCAAUGUCAGCGACGGGGCGCCGUGGCCCCUCAAGCCGAACGGUGCGGCCCCAGCCUCCCCGCAGCAGACCCUGACCGUCGCCGAAACCGCUGCGGCGCCGUCGGCCGAACCGCAAAAGCAAAGGGAACGGCGUCCAUCAGGUUUGAAUUCGCCACAGGGUGACACGGCAUCCUCAGGAUUGUGUCCAUCAAGUAAAAGCAAACAGAGACGCAGCAGAACCAACUUCACUCUGGAACAGUUGAACGAGCUGGAACGACUUUUUGACGAGACGCAUUAUCCAGAUGCGUUCAUGCGAGAAGAGCUGAGCCAACGACUCGGCUUGAGUGAGGCGAGAGUGCAGGUUUGGUUCCAAAACAGAAGAGCAAAAUGCAGAAAACAUGAAAGUCAAAUGCAAAAAGAGACACGUUUCUCUGGUCUUGUUGCAGCCGGAAUCAUGUUGAGCCAGAGUCCGCCCGUCUCAACACCAAUCGAACCCUGCAGGGUGGCCCCCUACGUCAGCGUCCCCUCGCUCAGGCUCAGUCCUGCCGGCUACGAUCGCCUGCCCUUCGCGGCCGUGGCCGCCGCGGCCGCCGCCGCGUUUCCUGCCUUCGACCCUGCGAUUCUCAGUGCAGCUCAUCAGUAUGCAGCAGCUGCAGCGGCCCUGCAUCAUCAGAAUGCGUCAGGGUCGAUUCCAACCUCAGCAGCUUCAACGACACUCAUCAAAACUGGCAGCAGUUCGCCCUCGAGAAGUUCUUCUUCGCCGGCUUCUGCGGCGCAAAGUGCCACCUCCGCGCCGCCUCCACCCCUGCUUUUCUGUCCGCCGCAAUACCCGCUCGGCUUGCAGGCGGCCCUGGCCGCCGCGGCCGCUCAACACGAGCGGUUGCUGUUGUGCAAGAACUCGAGUAUCGCCGAUUUGCGGUUGAAGGCCAAGAAGCACGCCGAGGCCCUUGGCUUGCCCCAGGAAAGGGCAGCGUGAAUGAGCCCCUUUUUCACCCUGAAUGUGAUCUUAAA